AUGGGAGAAUUUUUGACGCAGGCUUUUGAAUUACAAGCUUCAUUUCAUUGUUGCAAUAUUACUGAGUUAUGUAAGCUAUGUGGUAGCCUCUACAAUGAUAUUCCAGGAGCUUCAGGAAGAGCAGUUGUUUUGGGUCAUAUUUUAAAAUUUGAACUGAUUUUUGAGAGCGGCCGAAUACCAGAACAAACUUCGGAUUAUCGAGUUGCUGUAUUUGGUGCCGGUGGCGUUGGCAAAUCAUCCAUCGUAUUACGCUUUAUCAAGGGAACAUUUAAUGAAAACUACAUUCCUACUAUUGAGGAUACUUUUCGACAGGCUAAUUUAAGCCUAAAUCCAUUGCUUCAUAUCAUUUCCAUUCAUACGGGUAACAAAAUGGGUGAAUCGAAUUUUAGAAUGGUAAUAAGCUGUAAUCACAAAAAUAUAUGUACAUUACAAAUCACCGAUACAACAGGUAGCCAUCAAUUUCCUGCUAUGCAACGACUUUCGAUCAGUAAAGGAAAUGCUUUUGUAUUGGUGUAUUCUAUUACGAGCAAGCAAAGUUUAGAGGAGCUUGGAACCAUAAUACUGAUGUUAAAGGAAGUGAAAGGUGAAAGCGUUACUGAAGUGCCUAUUAUGCUUGUUGGCAAUAAAAAAGAUGAAGAUCAGCGACGUGAAGUGAGCUUCGAACUUGGACAAAAAUUGGCCACGAAAUGGGGAACUGGUUUCAUCGAGACAAGUGCUAAAGACAAUGAAAAUAUCACCGAAUUAUUUCAACGCCUGUUGGCGAUGGAAAAGAAACGAACUUUGGCAUUGACGAUGGAUGAAGAGAGUAGUAAAAGUGGCUCAAAAAGGAAGUGCUCUCUAAUGUAG